AUGGCGGAGGAAGGAGUGCAGGCCGAAGCCGAAGCCCAAGCCCGACGAGCGGGCGAGGAAGGCGAUCUGCGGCCGAGGGGCGUCGCGGAGCCGUCCUCGCGGCGCCUGGUGCUCCCCCCCUCCUGGCUGUCCCCGGCGGGCGAGUUGCCCGCGAGGCUAGGGAGCUGGUAUCCGGCCCUGGAGGUCUUGGACGUGAGCGGGACGGGGUUGUCGGUGCUGGGCCCCGAGCUGCUGGACCUGGCGCAUCUGCACACGCUGCUGGCGAAGAACAACCGGUUGGGGUCCCGCGGGUCGCUCCCGAAGGGCCUGGCCAACGCCCCCCUGGGCCGGUCCUUGCGGCUCCUCAACUUGAGCGGCAACCGCUUCACGCACUUCCCAGCCUCGCUCCUGGGCCUCUCCCGCCUCCAGAGCCUCAGCCUGGGGAGCAACCGGCUCCAGAACAUCCCCCCCGCCAUCCAGGAGCUCAGCAGUUUAGAAUUUUUAUAUCUUGGAGGAAAUUUCAUUACUUCCAUUCCACCAGAGUUAGCAAACCUGUCUUCACUAAGUUACCUAGUCCUCUGUGAUAAUAGGAUACAGAGUAUUCCACCUCAGUUGGCACAGUUGCAUUCACUUCGCUCUCUUAGCCUCCACAACAACUUACUGACAUAUCUUCCUCGGGAGAUCCUCAAUCUAGUUCAGCUUGAAGAACUGAGUUUGCGUGGGAAUCCUUUGGUUGUGAGGUUUGUCCGUGAACUGACCUACAAUCCUCCAAGCCUCCAAGAACUGGCUGGACGUACUGUCAAAACUCGCAAUAUUCCUUAUGUUGCUAGUGAUCUCCCUGGAAAUCUCCUUCGAUAUUUGACUCUGGCCAGCAAUUGUCCUAAUCCUAAGUGUGGAGGAGUCUAUUUUGACAGCUGUGUCCGCCAAAUAAAAUUUGUCGAUUUCUGUGGGAAGUACCGUGUUCCACUGAUGCACUACCUUUGUUCCCCUGAGUGUUCUUCCCCUUUCAGUUCUGCAUCUCAGAGUUCUAAUUCCCAGAGUGAAUCUGAUUCAGAAGAUGAAGCCAUUGUUGCUGCACGCAGAAUGCAAAAGGUUCUUUUGGGAUAGGAAGAAAAGAUAAUACAAGAAGCAAGUGCCUGAUGUCCUUUGGAAUGGGCUUGCCUAUAUUAUAUUAUUCACUGAAAAUGCACCUGUAGAAUUAUCCAUGAGAAAGCCACUAAAUGCCUUAGAGAGAAAUUAGUAUAAAGACAUCUUACAGCUUGCUAUCUGGAAGGACACUCUUAAAGCUUGAGAUGUUUCAGGAAUUCUUGGCACUGGUGAUUUGUUAGAGAUGUUUUAAACGAGGGG